AUGGCAGAGCAAGAAUACACAGUAGCAUCAGACAGCGAGAACACCGGAGAAGAGAAAUCAUCAUCGUCUCCUCCACCUUCACUACCCGAAAUCGCCGUCGGAAUCGACAUCGGCACAUCCCAAUGCAGCAUAGCUGUAUGGAACGGCUCUCAAGUCAACAUCUUAAGAAACACAAGAAACCAAAAGCUCAUCAAAUCAUUCGUCACUUUCAAAGACGAAGUCCCCUCAGGUGGCGUAACCAACCAGCUCUCCCACGACCAAGAAAUGCUCACCGGCGCCUCCAUCUUCAACAUGAAACGCCUCAUCGGCCGCGUAGACACCGACCCCGUCGUCCACGCCGCCAAAAACCUCCCCUUCAUGGUCCAAACCCUCGACAUCGGAGUCAGACCGUUCAUCGCCGCGCUGGUCAACAACGCCUGGAGAUCAACAACUCCCGAGGAAGUCUUGGCGAUCUUCCUCGUGGAGCUGCGUCUCAUGGCCGAGACUUCGCUGAAACGCGCCGUGAGGAACGUCGUCCUCACGGUUCCGGUCUCCUUCUCUAGGUUCCAGCUCACGAGGAUCGAGCGAGCCUGCGCUAUGGCUGGACUCCACGUCCUCCGUCUGAUGCCGGAGCCAACCGCAAUCGCGUUGCUCUACGCGCAGCAGCAGCAGAUGACUUCCCAUGAUAACAUGGGAAGCGGGAGCGAGAGGCUUGCCGUUAUAUUCAACAUGGGCGCUGGUUACUGCGACGUUGCAGUAACCGCAACCGCUGGUGGCGUUUCCCAGAUCAAAUCCUUGGCGGGAAACGCCAUCGGAGGCGAAGACAUUCUUCAGAACAUGAUGCGUCACAUCGCGCCGCAACCGCAAGAAGCUUCUUCUUCUUCGACGGCGGCGCUUCGUGUAGCGACGCAGGACGCGAUUCACAAGCUGUCGAGUGAGGACAAUGCGCAGAUCGAAGUUGGUGAUAAGAUCUCCAAGGUUCUUGAUAGAUCGGAGUUCGAGGAAGUGAACGAGGAGGUUUUCAAGGAAUGCGAGAGGCUUGUCACGCAGUGUCUGAGGGAUGCGAGAGUGGAGGGUUGUGAUAUCGACGAUGUGAUCAUGGUGGGAGGUUGUUCUUGUAUACCGAGAGUGAGAGAGGUUGUGAAGAAGGUGUGCAAGAAAGAUGAGGUUUACGGAGGAGUGAAUGCGUUGGAAGGUGCGGUUAGAGGAGCGGCGUUGGAAGGUGCGGUGACGUCAGGGAUUCACGAUCCGUUUGGGAGCUUAGAUUUGUUGACUAUACAAGCGACGGCUCUCGCCGUUGGGGUGAGAGGUAACGGGAACAGGUUUGUGACGGUGAUACCGAGGAACACGAUGGUUCCGGCGAGGAAAGAUUUGUUUUUCACGACGGUGAACGAUGGUCAGAAGGAAGCUUUGGUGGUUGUGUAUGAGGGAGAAGGAGGAGAGAGUGUUGAAGAGAAUCAUCUUCUUGGGUAUUUCAAGAUCGUUGGGAUCCCGGAGGCGGGGAGAGGGGUUCCGGAGAUUAAUGUUUGUAUGGAUAUCGAUGCGUCGAAUGCGUUGAGGGUUUUCGCGGCUGUGUUGAUGCCGGGGUGUUCGAGUCCGGUGGUUCCGGUGGUGGAAGUGAGGAUGCCGACGGUUGAUGAUGGACAUGGUUGGUGUGCGCAAGCUUUGAAUGCGAAGUUCGGGUCUGCUCUUGAUUUGGUUACUCUUCAGAGGAAAAUGUAA